GUAGCGGUCAAUACACAUUCCGCGUCAGUAGGUGGUGCUACAGAGACUCACCGGCGUCGGGAUAUUAGGAUGAUGUGCCGAAGAAGGAGGCUUGCGGCAACCGGACCGGCAGACGGGAUCAAAGGAGCGUAUCAAUGCUGCUGUGGGUGCUGUCCGGACUCCUGCUGCUCUUCUGCAGCCUGGAUGUCUGGUACUUCCUCCGGGGGGCUGUAACGGUGCUUCGCGCCUGGCUCCAAGGUCCCGUCUGGGACAUCCUGGCCGAGCAGAGUGUUCGGAGCCGGGUGCUUCUCCAGGAUGUCGACUUCAUGGGCCACAUGAACAACGGCAGGUACCUGCGGGAGUGUGACUUUGCCCGGUUUGCCCACUACACGCGGAACGGCCUCAUGAAGGGCACGCGGGCGCUGGGGGCCAACAUGGUAGUGGGGGCCUCCACCAUCCGCUACCGGCGCUCCCUGAGACUGGGGGAGGCUUUCGAGCUGCGCAGCCGCAUUGUGAGCUGGGACGACAAGGCCUUCUUUGUGGAGCAGCGGUUCGUCUCCUGCGCAGACGGCUUCGUCGCCGCAGUCAUGUUCUGUAGGCAGAACGUCCUGCGCAGCAGCCCAGACAAGGUCCUGCAGUUCCUGUGCAAGAGGAAGGUGGAGUGUCCAGAGGUCCCAGAAGACCUGCAGCACUGGAUCAACUACAUCAAAGCCAGCAGCGAGGUCCUGAGAGUGGAGAACGACCAGGAAAAGAGCAAAUGAAGGGAGACAGGCUGGGGGAUGUGUCUGCCUAAUAUUUACUGUAGCUAAACACACCCAUGACCAGAAUCUGUUAUUACUCAUCUGGAAGUUUGAGGCAGAGUCAAGAAACCAUAGCUAAAGAAGAAAAAAUACAUUAAAAAGAGAAAAUAUCACAACAGCUCCAUAAUGCACUGCAUGAUGAAGAAAUCAGCUCUAAUACUGCAUGUCCAGGUGGGGGUUAAUUGAUUUUUCUAAUAAGAUGAACCCAAGUACUGCAGAGCCACCAAUGUCCGUUUGAUAUAAACGCAUAUCUGUCCGUAAGGUGCUACAGAUUUGUGACCCUGCUUAACGUUCAGCUGUAGCUACACAGAUUUAUUUUUAGAAGCCGAAGUUGGACUGUAAGUGUGAUGCCAAAGAAUUACCCACAAAACACUCUGCCAGCGGUACUGUACUGAAUGGUUGAGGGACCACUGGCUGGGGGGGAAACUGGACCCGUUUUGUACGCACUGAACCCAGAAAAAGCGCUACAUUGCGUCUGAGUAUUAUUCUAAACAAAUGGAUAUUAAAUUAAGGAGUAAAGGGAAAAUUCUUAUGUUUAUGUACUGUCAAUAACCCUGCAAGUUGAUUCUUUGAAUGCGGAGGGUCUGUUCAAUGCAUAUAUUUGUAUUUUAAUUUGAGCGCACAUUUGAAGACCAUCGAAUGAAUUGUGUGUUAUUUAAAGCUUA